AUGGAAUCGGAAACGGCCACGCCCCCGGUCCACACGGCUGCUAUGGAGGCGAAGGGGAUGCUUCACAACGCUACCAACGAGUUGUUGAACGCAGUAGCCGAUCAACUUUACUACGGAGAGCUCGAUACGAUCCGCCGGGAGCAGCCUCUCUUUGACCCUGGCAAAUUCCGCAUACUGAAACUGGGUCUGUAUGACCGGGACGACACGGCUGAGCAGCCCCGAGACCAUCCCGGGGGAUCGAAUCCGCCGACGGCUUCCAUAAACAUCAACAUGCGCGGUGGCGCCGCCCCAAGCGAAUCGCCGCUGUUUACGAAUCGCGAAGGCAGCCCAGCCCGGCUUUCCCCGUUCCUAAUACGUGUUCUGGCAAAAGCGGUUUCGAUUGAUAUCCUUGACGACAGCGACGGCGAUGAGGCACAGGCAGCGGUAAUUCCGGUCCCGGGGCCGCUCUCCAAGAUGCGGUUGGACAUCCCCGGAGUCCGGCAGCUCAUCGGAUACAAGCGCCCCUUGGAGGAAGAGUUCCCCGAAGAGCUCGAAGUAGCAAAAGCCGAUUUCCUAACGACUGGGUAUGGGCACAUGGACCAGGAGAGCAUGCUUCAGGGGCCAGAUUGGUUAGGUUACUUGCGCAAUUACGGAACCAAGUCCGUGCCAAUCCUGUUCAAGGGCUUUCCUCUAGUCGAAGAUGUGGUGUUUGUAAAACAUCCAAACUAUUGGCAGAGGCUCGAAGUUCAUCGGAAGCUCGUGGCGAGUGGGCAGUGUUACUGGUUGGCCAUUGCCCUUCUGGUCUACGGCAACGCGAGCUUCUGGCUUCGUGUGAAGGCGGAGCAUCUCAAUUACGCGGAGAAGGUCUUGGGGAACCCCAAGCACCCUCGACACGCGUUUUAUUCGAGGGAGAAUCAAGGUUUCAUGGCGACAAAGGCGACAGGGCCCACGGAAAAAGGAGGCACAUGCCGCUCAUGGCCCGGCGUUGCCAAUCUAUGGGAGAGGCUGCACAUACCGGGGUGCUGGACGAGCGAGGACAUGUGUCAGCUCACGGCGGAUGUGUACGGCGUCUUCUUGGUGCUGUACAAGUUCGAUUCAUCUACGAAUCCUCGGUGGAAGAACAAGGUUUACGACAUGAAAACGUACGGCGCGUACAACAGCCGGCACAUCUUCUUGUGUUACACGGGCGAGAACCAUUACCAGCCCAUGGUACCCAACGAAUUCUACGCUUCCGAGUUCAGGCUACCCCGUUUGACGCUACAGAAUACCUUCGACGAGUACCGGUUGUUAACUCGCCCGCACCGCCGUCCCCGCGAUGGCCCGUGGCAUCACUGGCGAGGGCAGGCCCAAGUUGCACCAUCGCCAUUGGCGCUACCGGGAUACAAGCCAGAGCAUUUGGCGCGGGCUGUCGGGUACGAUCCUGAUGCAAACGAGCCCCUGCCCGAAUCCCAGGCCCAGCCCCCACCGCAGCCGCGAACUCGAUCACCACCCCAGCUGGGUAUUGAAUCCGCAAAUGCGGAAAGGGUGGAAGCAGCUCUCCUCACAAACCCAGAGUUAUUGAUGUCACCCAAGGUUGCUCGGGAGGUCGUCUCUCUCAUGACCGCCGAGACAUCCGGAGGCUUGCCGGCCAGGCCUCCUACACAAGCCGACGCGCAAGCCGCGAGACAAGCCAUCCGUCUCUUAUCCCAGUACAUCGACAGGACCAGCGGCUCGCACGUCACCCAAUCUGGUCGCCACCCCCUCCCUUCCAGUAACCCCUCCACCGCGCCCACUCCACGCGACAAAGGCAAACGGCCGGCCACCGACCCGGCAGGGCCCUCCCCGUCGCCCAAGCGGCUCCGAACAUCUCCAGGGCCACCAGCACCAGCACCGCCUUCAUCAUCCCGCUUCCGCACGCCACCAUCACCCGGGACUCGGACCCGUUCCUUCAAACCCAUCAACUCCCGCCGCCAACCCACCGCAGCCCCCUACGCCCACCCCAAAGCAGAAAGCAGCCGUAAUACCCUUGCACGAUCUCCUCACACCGCCAUCCAACCCCCCAACGCCAAAGCAGCAACAGCUAGCACCCACACCCAGCCCCAACCGGCACCCAAACCCGUAUCCCAACCCGUAUCCCAACCCGCACACCAACCCGCACCCCAAUCCCAACCCGCCAACAACCCCAACGACCCCAACGACAACACCCCCUUCUACCGCCCCGGCACCAAAUCCCUCCUCACCAAAACCCGCAUCCACCGCCUCCGCGGGUGGAUCAGAACCCUCGGCCUAGCCGACCCACACGAAAACCUGAUCGAGUUGAAGAAAGAGCUGCUUGUCAACAGACUGCUGGCGGCGGGUGUGGAGGUGCUGAUGGAGCGGGCGGUGGCUGGGGGUGCGAGCGUUAUUGUUGAGGAGGAUAGGGAAGGGGGGGAGGGGGUUGUGAGGAUUCUGGGGGGGAAGGGGGAGGGGAAGGUGGAGGUGGGGGGUGGGGAGGGGAGUGGUGUGGAGGGGAAGGGGGAUGAAGAUGGGGAUGGGGUGGAGGGGGAGAUGGAGUGGGACACGGAGUCGGAAAGGGGGCUUGAGGCGGAAUUCGUGCCGGCGGUUAAGGGGGGGCCGUACACGGGGCGGGAGGUGAAGGUGGAUGGUGAGGAGGUUGAAGGGACGGGGGAGGAGGAGGAGGGAGAUGGGGAUGGGGAGGAGGACGAAGACAUGGAGGAGUUUGGGGAGGACUCGGCGGAGCUGGAGGGGGAGUUCUACCCGGAGGUUGAGGGGAAGCCGUACACGGAGCUGGGGAUGAAAGGGGACGGUGAGGAGGGCGAGGUUGAGGAUAUCAUGGAAGGCUGA